AUGGACGACUUGAAGUGGGCGCAUGGCGAUUCUUCGGUGAAGAAAAGAAUAGAGAAAAGAGCUGCGAAGUCUAACGUUCCAAGCCAGUGGUCCUCGAUGCCACCUAGUGCUCAAUAUACACGCGUUAGAUUACUCCCAUCGUCAGCUGAAUUUAAUGACGUGGUACAGUUAUUCAGAAAGUCAAUGAAUGACUACGUUGUGGUCGAAAGUAUCGAUCGCGUGCAGAAUCCGUUCAUGUGGGAGAAGUAUUGCAGGAAAAAAGAGAACAUGAUUGCAAUAGCUCGGCGUAAUCAGCGACAGGUUGACGAAAAACGACUAUUUCACGGAACCAGUCCAGGGACCAAAACGAAGGCAUGCUGA